GGCGAGUCCUUUAUAUCGUCUCCUCUCACGUGGUUGGAAGCAGAGGAGACUUCAGCAUGCCCGAGACGACAGAACCCGCAAAGAUGGUCGGCGACGGCUUCAAGCUUGUCCAACGCCGGGCCAACCGCAAGCGCAAGAUGGCUGUUGACGACGAGGAACCCAAAAAAGGACGGCCUCUCUACCCUCCCGCAAAGCAGGAGAGACUGGAAGGCAAGAUCGAGAUCCGGAAGAUUCCCGUGCCCGCACACCGGUACAGUCCGCUGAAGGAGAACUGGCUCAAGAUCUUCACGCCCGUCGUAGAGCAUCUGCACCUCCAGAUACGUUUCAACCUGAAGUCCCGCUGUGUUGAAAUUCGGACAUGCAAGGAGACUCAGGAGCCCAGUGCUCUGCAGAAGGCUGCCGAUUUUGUGCGAGCAUUCACCAUGGGCUUUGAAGUUGACGAUGCCCUGGCUUUGGUCCGCCUAGACGAGCUCUUUCUUGAGUCUUUUGACAUCCAAGAUGUGAAGCCUCUCAAGGGGGACCACUUAGCCAGAUGCAUCGGGCGACUGGCAGGAAAGGGUGGCCGGACCAAGUUCACCAUCGAAAAUGUCACAAAGACUCGUAUUGUCCUUGCUGACAGCAAAAUACACAUCCUUGGCUCGUACCAGAACAUCAGGGCGGCGCGGACUGCCAUCUGCAAUUUAGUCCUCGGCAAACCACCAUCGAAGGUCUAUGGAACGAUGCGGCAACUGGCAAACCGUAUAGGAGAAAGGUUCUAAUUUAUUUGUGUGAAUUUAGUUGUGUGACAACAUAGGUACCUAAAAGAAGCUAGUCCCAAGAUCUGCUACCACCACACCAGCAGCAAGUGGAAUGGCUCUUCCUCCGUUUCUACAAAAGAAACGGCAGCUGCUGGGAGAGGAGGCUCUUGAGAUUAAAAUUUGUGGAAGGUGGUUUCA